UCUGCUGCCUGAGAAGAGAAAAAGUGAAGGAACACUUAGUCAGUCUGGAUGAGCCAGCCUCGGAAGCUGGACAAGAAGCUCUGCUUAGACAAGAGCAAGCAAAAAUCAUUCGGUUUGAGAGGCAAGCGGAAGAGUUCCUCAAUGCAGUCUUUUACAGAAAAGACAGUCCUAGGGUCUCUGACCCCAAUAUUCCCCUAGUGGCCCGUGAGAUCAUGCAGCGAAUGAUCCGACAGUUUGCUGCUGAAUAUACCUCAAAAAAUAGCUCUACUCAGGACUCCAGCCAGCCCAAUAGCACAAAGAACCAAAGCCUGCUGAAAGCAUCUCUGGUCGCCUCCUCUCCCACGGCUGCAACUGCUCAGAACCCUGUGCUCAGCAAACUUCUCAUGGCUGACCAAGACUCACCUCUGGACCUUACUGUCAGAAAGUCUCAGUCAGAACCUAGUGAACAAGACGGAGUGCUUGAUUUAUCCACUAAGAAGAGUCCUUGUGCCGGCAGCACCUCUCUAAGUCAUUCUCCAGGGUGCUCCAGUACUCCAGGGAAUGGGCGACCUGGGAGACCCAGCCAGCACCAUCCGGAGGGACUACAGAGUGGUGAUGGGGGACCUCCGAGAAGCUUGCAGGAUGGAACCAGGGAAGGUUAUGGCCACUCCACAUCUCUUAAAGUUCCGCUGGCUCGAUCACUCCAGAUUAGUGAAGAACUGCUGAGCAGAAACCAGUUUUCUACGGCUGCCAGCCAUGGGCCGUCUGGACUACAGAAUCAUGGACAGCACUUAAUAUUAUCCAGGGAGGCUUCUUGGGCAAAACCACACUACGAAUUCAAUUUCAGCCGCAUGAAAUUCAGGGGAAACGGUGCACUCAGCAACAUCAGUGACCUUCCUUUUCUUACAGAAAACUCUGCCUUUCAAAAAAUGGCACUUCAAACUAAACAGGAUGGGAAAAAGGACGUGAGCCAUUCGUCUCCUGUGGAUUUAAAGAUACCACAAGUUCGAGGCAUGGACCUUUCAUGGGAGUCCCGCACUGGUGACCAGUACAGCUAUAGUUCUUUGGUAAUGGGUUCACAAACGGAGAGCGCGCUUAGCAAAAAGUUAAGGGCUAUCCUUCCAAAACAAAACAGGAGAAGCUUGCUGGAUGCUGGACCAGAUUCCUGGGGCUCAGAUGCUGAGCAGUCUACCUCUGGACAGCCAUAUCCCACCUCAGAUCAAGAGGGAGAUCCUGGCUCCAAGCAACCUAGGAAGAAAAGAGGGAGAUACAGACAGUACAACAGCGAGAUACUGGAGGAAGCAAUCUCUGUGGUUAUGAGCGGGAAAAUGAGUGUUUCCAAAGCUCAGAGUAUUUAUGGGAUCCCCCACAGUACACUGGAGUACAAAGUUAAAGAGAGGCUGGGCACUUUGAAAAACCCUCCAAAGAAAAAAAUGAAAUUAUUGAGGUCGGAGGGGCAGGAUGUUUCAGUAAAGAUUGAAUUAGAUCCCCAGGGAGAAGCAGCACAAAGUGCAAAUGAAUUGAAAGAUGAGUAGGGAUGUGUGGAGUGCCAAUUACUUUGCAAACUGGGUGAGCACUACUGCAUAGUUCAACCACCGUUGAGCACACCUGAUUCCUCUAUUUACUGCAAUGCUCUUUCCUUUGCAGUUUGACAUAGACUUGGGUGGACGCAGGUGAAAGGUGUGCUCUGAAUGUCACACUUGUAAAAUUUUUCUAGCCUGGGAUGGCGCAGUUCCCCCUCCUUCACCUGUCUGCUCACCCUCUCUCCCCCCCCCCCUUUUUUUUUCUUUUUUUCUUUUGCCUUUUGCAUGUUUCUCUGUAAUAGAGAGUUGAGUUACCUCACAAAGAAUGCAGAUCUGUGGAAGUGGACACCUUGCCUGUAGAGCCUGCCUGAACUUCUGUUGUUGGAUUUUUUUCCUAUUUGCCUUUAUAGAAAAAAGUCCACUUUGUGAAACUGAUUCUCUCUUAAAACCAGGCUUUUCUGAAUGAGAAUCAGACUGUCAUUCUGCAAAAUGUUUCAGAAGUCUUUUUUUGUUUGUUUUUUUUUGUUUUUUUCCUUCCUUCUUUUCUUUGAUCCAGUUGAUGAAAGAUUUAAGCUAAAUCAAGUCAUUUAGGAAUGGUACCUCUCUUGAACUCGGAGAUUUGUAUGUUAGAUGGAUAAUCAGUUGGGUCUAAUUAGGCUCUCCGCUAUUUUAUUUCCUAAAUUAAAUGUACUUACUAUUCACCGUCUGCUUAGUGCUCACCCGGAGGGGAGGGGAGGGAAAACUUACAUACACUACCUUCAGAAUACUUCAGUUAAUUACUUUGUAACACUACCUUCGCUGUAAUUUUGUUUGAUACUUUUGAAAGGUGAUAUUUAGACUCACCUGCUUGAGGAUGUAGCCUUAUCUCACGGAAGACAAGCUUCUCAUGGUCAGGAGCAGUCAGGGUACACUAAAUGAUGUAUUAGGGUAUGCCUCAUUUUAACAGAACUGUGGUUCUUUGUGACCUAUAUGCUUUUUACAGACUUGAUUCUGAGUUUACUAAACUACGGGGUUCCAACAACUAGUUUAAAUGACUCUAAUCUGGGGAAGGGGGGUAUGCGUAACAAACUACUGUGAUCUUGCAAAAAAAAAAAAACCCACAAAAAAAAAAACAAAAGUAAAACAGUGAACUCAAACGUUACAACCUCAGUAGUCUGCCCAAAUAUCCACGUUAGUGAAGGAGCUUGUUAAUGUUCAGGGAAGAAGUAAAACACUGGUAGCCUGAUUUAAUUCAGGCUCUGCAUCAUAUCUAGCUGUAAUACUGUCAGGGUUGAACACCCAGUGAAUGGGUGUUUCCUUUUUAAAUACUACAGUUGCCAGUAGCAGGAAAUAAUCUCAAUCCUGCAUUUUUUUUGUUUUUAUUUAACCUAUUUUGAUAGUGGUUUAGCACAUGCUAGAGUAAGCAUUUGAACACCAUAAAAGCACUCCGUAAACCACAGAUCCGGUCUUUUUCCACUAUGGUGAUAUCUUUGUCAUUAUAUAGAGAUCCAGGAUAAAUUUUGUACAGAACUUUUAUCUUUGAUACUUUCUGCGGGAGUGGUCAGUAACUAGGUAGAGCUUACUGGAUUUACUACAGUUUGACCAAAUCAGAAUUGCUAGUUCUUCAGGUAGAAGUAAUUUGGUCUUAAUCUGUGCAAAAAGUAUAUAGAAUUAUCACUUUUCCCAGUUGCACAACCAAAAGAAGCAUUGAAAUUUUUGUGUGAGAGCAUUAAGUGAUGUCAGUGACUGAAAGUGGCAUUAAGUGAUGUCAGUGACUGAAAGUGGUUUCUAAAAGUUCAUGGGAGGAUGGCCUAGAUAGCCCUAGGGAUGCUGAAUGGAUUCUGGAAGAGUUGACUCUAUUAGCCUCUCCCCCUCCCCAGCAACUUAAUAUUUUCAAAGGUUAGGCACACCAUUGCUGUCAUUUUAAAUAUGCACUGCUCAUUCUUGAAAAGGAUUGGGCUUCUGGCCCCAACUAUACUUUUUUUGUUUUGUUUACUUAAUAUAUUUUUAGCACUCAAAAUCCUGAUUCCUCGUAGCUAUCUAGUUGUCAUCUCAGCAUGUAAAGCAGUUAAAGCUCAGUAGCAGUAUAUAAACUCUGCAAUACAUUCCAGUUUAGCUGGUGAUUGCAAUAAAGGUGCAGUUAAACAUGCGGUUUCAUCUGCUGUUGGAGGUUAUGCUGGAAAGUUUGCUGCAAGUUUUAAAAAAAAAAAAAAAUGCAACACAGUUUUACUGUUCAGAGAGGUUUAACCUUUUGCAGUUGUCUUUAUUUAAACAACAUGAGUUUUAUAAAACUUGUCACAGUAGUGUAAGUGAAGUGCUCAUUUUACUAACCUAAAUAUUUUGUAUGUGUAUGUUUAAGUGGGUGACAAUCGUGCAGCAGAAGAAUGGUGUGCCUACCCUUUAAUGCUGCAGUUUUAAAAGAGAAUUUGUCUUGUCAUUUCAGACUGUAGGCUAAGAAUUGUAAAUAGAUAGCAAGAAGUUGAGUAUUCUUUAUUUGCUUUGGUUAGAAAGUGGAUUUAAAAAAAAAAAACAACAACAAACCAAACGUGUAACUUUCUCAGUUUAAAUGUCCUGAGACCUGAAGAUUGUAAUAUUCAUGUCUGCAAAGCUUUUAAACACAACACUUGAUCUGUGAUAACUUAAUAUUCAGGUAAUCUUUCUUUUUCGAGAAGCUUUUGAACAACCAUAUUUCCUCCAAAGGUCUCUGUUUAAAAAGGAAAAAAAAUAAAAAAAGUAGAUUAUUUUUUAAGCACUAAUUGCAUUACGUUGGUAACUGCAAUAUAAAAUAGCCAUUAUUGUUUUGUGAAGCAUGGUUGAGAUUAGUUAGUGGUCCCUUUUUAAAAUUUCAUGAGCCUCUCAAAAAAUAAAAACAAAUUUAAAAAAAGCUGCUGAAUAUUCAAAAGAUAUAUAUUUUACCUUAUUGUAGGUUUUGUAAAUUUAGUCUGUAAUAUUCAGGUGCACCUUUUAAUGUUAACUUUUUGUUUCAAAGUCCCAUCUAAUGUAUUUUCUCUGAGGUGAUUCAUCACGUAAGACUAGUAUCACUCUAGUGCUGCAGUGAUCACUGAUGUUUUGUUUCAUCUUUCACUACAUUUUUUACAGGCGCUUUCAGUGUAGCUAACUAGUAGUAUUUGAGAUCAUUUAAAAUAUAUGAUUGGAAUUAAUGUUUGUCCAUUAGCAUGCUUAAUUUUCUGCUGACCAGCAGUUUGCAUGGCCAAAAUCCCUGGUUGACCAUAUUUUGGUGUGGGAAGGUGUGGUUCGCUGCUGUCUUUGUAACAAAAGCCUUGUUUCUCAUGUUAAUUCUGGUAAGUGGAUGCUUAUGUUACUUGGAUCACUUGGACAGGAGAUAAGGUUUAGAGUUUUUCUCCUGCUGCUAUUUUGAGAUCGCAUUAACGUGUAACGUAGACAAACUGCUACCCUGUAAAAAUCAAGACAUCUUUAGGAGGAGGCCUUUUGGGUAUUUUUCGUCACUAGUUUUCUCUCAUUCCUGAGAAUGUCCAUCCAAUGUAGUUAUUGGACUUAACAGUAUUGUUGUGUACUACGUUGAUGUAGCUGAAAAAGCCUGACAGCAAGAAACUGUGAAUAAUAUUUGUGGCAGUCUCUGAAAACUAGUUUUUCAGUCCAAGUAUCAUGAAGGAGAAUCCCAUUCCCCAACCCCCAUCCUAGAAAAGUAAUUUUAUAUUUUGUGUGUAUAAAGUUUUAAGAAUCAAGUUUCAUAUUGUACUGAAGUUUAGAUGUCGCUUGGUAAAUCUUUGCUGCAGCAUAUAAUUGAAGAUGAGUAAGGCUUAGUGUGGUAGGGGUCCUGGUGUGGAGUUAAUUAUCGUACAGUUCUGGUGAGAAAGCCCAACAUGUAUGAAAUGUGUCCUUUUUUCUUUUCAUUUGGACUUGUAAGGUGUAAAAGUGCUUUUUUUAGAACUCUGACCUAUUACAAACUAUUACCUCACUUUCAGCCAGUUGGAUCCUCAUUACACAGUGGUGUAGGCAUUAUCGUGGCCGUAACGCUUGAGCUAUAAAGAGUUGAACAUUUCCAAUAGAUAUUUUAGAGACAUGAAUUCAUUUUAUUUCUGUCAAAAGAUUCUUGGUCGUUCUCUAAUUUUUUUUAAAGGCUCAAGUCACAGUUUCCUUUAAAAUGUCUUAUUUCUUCUUAUAAUGCAGAAAUUGCUGAACGAGCAAUACAGAUAUGCUCUUGCGUUCUCCUUGUUGCAGAACUCAUAUUUUGAUGCUUGUAUUACCAACCCUGUUGCUAGACCUGAAGUCGAACCCUGAAUUUUCAUUACAAUCAGAAAGCAAAUGACUUUUUAACAAAUGCAUGCUUAUAAGGAUGGUGCCUCUGGUAAGGGAACACAUUCAGCCUCUGUGUUGUCAAGCAAUUUCUAUACCACCUUUUUUUUUGAGCUUUCCAGUGCUCAAGGAUAUUCCUAAGCACGAGAGGCAACUGCGCCUGCGUUUAGACCGGUUAGGAGCAGACAAAGAAUAUCUGUGCUUUGUCUUGUGGCAGGCGGACGUUUGAGUCUAAAUAUUUCCUUCGUGAGAACCCUGAAGAGUACAUUGCCUUCCCCUAGAAAUUCACAGGAACUGGCAAAAUGAUUCAGGGGCCUUAGGGUUGAGUAAGCUUUGUAUAGGUUGGAACAACAUUUAAGUUCUGAUUGAAUUGCUUUUUAUAUCAACUGCAACAAUUGUUAUACAGGCAAAACUAGAAUUAUUGUAUAUUUCUUUUCAGUGUAGUUUGGAUUAAUUCUCUUGAGCUGUCCUUGAGCCUUAGGAGAAGAACACGGUGUCCAAGGCGUGAAGGGAACACUGAGCAGUUCCCUUGUUUCUCAAAAACAGUGUGGCUACAUCUGUAAAGAGCUCUUUCUUCAGUGAAGACAGAAUUUUAACUCUUCAGUGUGAGGAUGCAUACACCUGUUGCAAGUCCAAACUCUUAUGAAGGCAAAUUUAUUAACUUGUACUGAAAGCUUUUUCACACUAUUUUUUAUCUUCCCUGCUAGAAGUUAGAGGUAGAAUGGGAAGGGUUGUUUCCUACAUUUUCAUGGGGAUCAGAAACUUGCUAUUUUUCUUCACAAAAUGUGUCAGAAAUUAAAUGUAAUCUCAAUCUAGCUAAAUCUUGCUUUUUCUCAGCCCCAGUAGAUAGUGUUGAUUAAUAUUGGUAUUAAAAGCUAUGCCUAUAGAAUUCUGGUUUGAGGCUAGUUUUGGUACUAUUGAGGUUUCCACUUGCUCUUGAGUUAUACUGAAAACUCACUAAUUAGAACCUGCAGAAACCUAACAAAUCUGUACUACAAGCUAUUUGCAGUUCUAUUGAAUGUACCAAAACAAUAAUCAUUAUAGUUAUUUUUUCUUAUUAGCCAAUAUAUAAAUAGGAUGUACCGUGAUGCUCACUAAGCAGAGAGAUAUUGUAGACUCAAAAUGAUCCAUAGAUGCACUCCACGUAUACCAGAAAAAUCUGUAAGUAGUUACAGCAUUCCAGUGUCCAUCUCUCUCUCUCUCCCCCCUGUUCUUGGGUUUGACAGGGGCCAAGUCUGUCUACCGCUGUUACAGCAGCAGUUUUGGACUUCAGGUCCUAUCAAAUUAUGCCUACAUUCAGGUGUAAUUAUGAAAACCUUAUGUUAAGAUAGCUUUAUUUAAUCCUCAUGAAAUAUCUGUUAUUCCAACUGCAAAAAUCUGUUUUCCUGGGUUAAGUACUGGGAGGAGGGAUUUUUUCCAACCUCUCCAGAGUAUUCAUUCACCUUCUUAAAAACAAACAAAAACAUGCUUGUCUCUACAGAAUUGGUAAGUAGAAUUUUGAAAGACUCAAAAUGGUAAUUCUGCAGAUAGUCUACCUGAUGGAGCAGGGAUUAGGACACAGACUUCAUUCUGUCUGGAGCAGGAAAAGUUAAUGUCAGAAAACAAUUUCUGUAAUCGUUAGCCAAUACAGUGUAAUUUAAAGUUUUCUCCCACUCAGAAAUAAUGAAGACACUACUACAGCUACUAAUUCAGUUUAUCUACAACUUGGUGCUACGUUUCUCAGAUAUUUUUGCAGAUAUUUUUUAUGCUUGCAUGGAAGCAUGUAAACUUUACUGUCACUAUAAAAGCACUUGUCUGACCUAUUCUAAAGUACCAGAAAAGGGAUAAAUAACUGCAGCACUUUUUCUGUUACAACACCAGAGUCUUAAUUAAAUCUGGUCUUCAGGUUAUGAGAUAUUGUAAAUGUACAAUCUAGGAUCAUUAACUGCUUUUCAGGUCAGAUCACAAGUUCUCUUGGGAUACUAGUCUAUCUUUUAAAGAACAGUACAACAAUGUACUCUAAAGUUCAGGCAGGGGAUGUAUACAUGCCUGAUAUUUUAACUAGUCAUUUCGAUAGGCCGUUUCAGGGCUUGACAUUGGGAAUCUGGGUUGAUGGAUGGGU